AACGUCUUCGUCUCUCAUCCGAUCUCCAGUUCCGGCAUCUCGUCCUCGCCAUGCCACCAAUCUCUUUCCUCCCCUUUCUACAAACCGUCCCUUGGGGCACUCGCGUCUUAACAGCACUUGUCAUCGUCGCCUCCCUCACCCAGUUCCUCCUCGCCUCGGUUGUCCGCCAGAGCUCUUCAGUCUCCCCCGCGUACGGGCACGAGCUUCCCUGGCUAGUUCUUAUUCCAUCAACAAGCUGGAAGUUUCCAUGGACCCUCCUAACCGCCGGUUUCGUCGAAUUGAACAUCUUCGAGUUCCUCUUCUCCCUCAUUACGGUUCCACUUGCAUGCCGAUACCUCGAACGGCUCUGGGGAAUUCGUGAGCUCGCUCGAUUCACGUGUGUCGUGAUCGUCGCCUCAAACAUCAUCGCCUUCGGCUUCGCCUGGAUUCUCUACAUUCUCCUCGGGUCGGACGCAGUCCUUUCAGGAUUGCCUUUCCAUGGCCUGUCUGGUGUGCAAUCCGGCAUUUUGGUAGCGUUUACUCAAAUCAUUCCAGAGCAUCAGAUCCAGCUGUUUGGAGUGCUGAAAGCGCGAGUCAAGACCAUCCCUGGCAUCUUCUUGCUCGUUUCCAAUGUGUUGGUGAUCCUCCUUGGGCCAUCUCCCUUCAUUCUGAUACAAUUCGGAUUCUUUGUGGCCUGGGUGUAUCUGCGCUUCUUCAAGCUGUCGGAGAACGGCGAAUACCGUGGUGACAGGAGUGAGACGUUCGCUUUCCAGUAUUGGUUCCCCCCUUUCGUUAGGCCGUACAUCGUGGUCCUCGCCAAUCAUGUCUUCCGUCUUGCAGUGAAAGUGCGACUCGUACAACCUUGGGACGACGCAAUGGGCACGCCCUACACUGUCCUUCCCGGCCCAGGCGGGGCGAGGGCAGAAGCUGAGCGCCGACGUGAACUGGCGUUGAGGGCUCUCGAUGCUCGUCUGGCGACCUCCUCUCCCACACCUUCCGCGCCCCCAGCAGCGGUGCAAGGCCCCCCAGCCAGCAAACCCGCAGUGGAGGGGAAGGACACUCAAAGCGGAUGAUGAGGUGGUGCACAGGGUCGCCCGCGGCCCAUCAUACGUCAUGUAGUCUGUUUCGGAGCGGUGAUGAGAUCGCGCAACUCCAUCUGCAGUGUUGCAAUCAAUCAGUGCAAGACUGGUUUAAUUGUCCAUCGGCUAAAACAAUGUUCUGCAUACAGAGAGGAAGGGCGGCUGAUGGAUGGAUAUACUUCGCGGAGUAGUCGCUCUAACAGGUGUUCACAAGGCGGUUUUUCUGCAACGUCAGUUCUCAUCACAAGGACAACUCACCGGCCAGGAGUAACCAGCUUGGGACCAAAGGGUGAUGUUUGCGUUGUUGUACGGCUCAGGAUGAGAGUUGAUGUACUCCGCAGUGGGGUGGUCUUCAGGAUCACAGCC